GUUACACAGCGGAAGUGUGGUUCGCCGAAGGACGACUCUUGGACGAAUUUGGCCUCCGUUGCAUGCUCGGCCGAAAUCAUGUCGAGUUUGGCGGUGAGAGACCCAGCCAUGGAUCGCUCACUGCGUUCGGUGUUCGUGGGGAAUAUUCCGUACGAGGCGACGGAGGAGCAGCUGAAGGACAUUUUCUCGGAGGUUGGUUCAGUUGUCAGUUUCCGUCUCGUGUACGAUAGAGAGACAGGAAAGCCCAAGGGGUAUGGCUUCUGCGAGUACCAAGACCAGGAGACUGCGCUUAGUGCCAUGCGGAACCUCAACGGGCGAGAAUUUAGUGGGCGGGCGCUUCGGGUGGACAAUGCUGCCAGCGAAAAGAACAAGGAGGAGUUAAAGAGCCUGGGCCCGGCAGCGCCCAUCAUUGACUCUCCCUACGGGGACCCUAUUGAUCCAGAAGACGCCCCGGAAUCGAUUACUAGAGCAGUCGCCAGCCUACCCCCCGAGCAGAUGUUCGAGCUGAUGAAGCAGAUGAAGUUGUGCGUCCAGAACAGUCACCAGGAAGCUCGAAACAUGCUGCUUCAGAACCCACAGCUGGCGUACGCCCUGCUGCAGGCCCAGGUGGUGAUGCGAAUCAUGGAUCCAGAGAUCGCACUGAAAAUCUUGCAUCGUAAGAUACACGUCACCCCACUGAUCCCAGGCAAAUCUCAGCCUGGUCCUGGGCCUGUCCCUGGUGGUCCAGGCCCUGGCGGUCCAGGCCCUGGCCCCGGCCCUGCCACUGCCCCUGGACUCUGCCCGGGACCUAAUGUGAUGCUGAACCAACAGAAUCCUCCAGCCCCUCAGCCUCAGCAUUUGCCAAGAAGACCUGUGAAGGACAUUCCUCCUCUGAUGCAGACUUCUAUACAGGGAGGAAUUCCAGCUCCGGGACCAAUACCAGCCGCGGUUUCUGGACCUGGACCUGGGUCCUUAACUCCAGGAGGAGCAAUGCAGCCACAAGUGGGCAUGCCAGUGGUUGGUCCCGUGCCCUUAGAGCGAGGACAGAUGCAGAUGUCAGAUCCGAGACCUCCAAUACCUCGUGGACCCAUGCCUUCUGCUGGCAUACCUCCCCGAGGACUGCUGGGAGAUGCUCCAAAUGACCCACGCGGGGGGACUUUGCUGUCAGUUACUGGAGAAGUAGUAGAACCCAGAGGUUAUAUGGGUCCACCCCACCAGGGGCCCCCCAUGCAUCAUGGCCAUGACAACCGAGGCCCUUCCUCGCAUGAUAUGAGAGGAGGACCAUUAGCAGCCGAUCCUAGAAUGCUCAUCGGAGAGCCCAGAGGUCCCAUGAUAGAUCAAAGAGGUCUACCUAUGGAUGGUAGAGGGGCCAGAGAGGCUCGAGGGAUGGAGACUCGGCCCAUGGAAACUGAGGUCCUGGAACCACGAGGAAUGGAGAGAAGAAUGGAGACCUGCGCGAUGGAAACCAGAGGGAUGGAAGCAAGAGGCAUGGAUGCAAGAGGACUAGAGAUGAGGGGCCCUGGCCCUAGCUCCAGAGGCCCGAUGACUGGUGGAAUCCAGGGGCCUGGCCCUAUUAGUAUGGGGGCAGGUGGCCCUCAGGGACCUAGACAGGUUCCAAACAUUGCAGGAGUGGGAAAUCCUGGAGGUGGGAUGCAGGGAGCGGGUAUACAAGGAGCAGGGAUGCAGGGAGCGGGCAUACAAGGAGGAGGAAUGCAGGCAGCAGGCAUGCAAGGAGGGAUGCAGGGAGCUGGCAUGCAAGGAGGAGGGAUGCAGGGAGCUGGCAUGCAAGGAGGAGGGAUGCAGGGAGCUGGCAUGCAAGGAGGAGGGAUGCAAGGAGCGAGUAAGCAAGGUGGAGGUCAGCCUAGCAGUUUUAGUCCUGGGCAGAGCCAGGUAACGCCACAAGAUCAGGAAAAAGCAGCUUUGAUCAUGCAGGUUCUUCAGCUGACUGCAGACCAGAUUGCCAUGCUGCCUCCUGAGCAAAGGCAGAGUAUCUUGAUCUUAAAGGAGCAAAUCCAGAAGUCCACUGGUGCUUCUUGAAAGGUUUCUGAUUAGGAAGUACUUAGUUAUUCCUUCAGUGUUUUCAGUAUUGUGUGGCCUGAAAGGGUUACAGGAUGCUAUCUUCUGUGUUGCCAUACUGUAAUGAUAGGAGGUUUCCCUCUCCCUGGUUAGUCAUAUUUCUAGUCUUUGCACUUCCUUUUUUCCUUUUGAUUGAGGGUGGGGGUGGAGGGAGUGGGCCUGUUCACUUUGUCACUGUUACUCCACUAGGAACCUGGAAAGGACAUCACACCAGAUAAGGGGGUGCAGUAAUAGUAACGUGUCUGCACUCUGGGCUACAUUUUAUAAAUACUGAAUAAGCUGAGAACUACAUAAACACUGAAAGUGGCCUGUUACAGUAUUGAUGCACUAAGACGUUUAAAGACGUUUGGUUGUAUAUUGAACUGAAUGUCAAAAUGUGAAGAUACACUUUGGUAAACCAAAAUACUAAUUCUGUUUUGAAGGCAGUAGAGUACGGUGUUAUGGUCAAUGUUUUAGUUAUUUUGAAUUAUUUUGAAAUGUUAGAGGUAACAGUCUAUAGUAAAAUUUGUGACAACAGAACUGUUUUUUAAAAGCUCUGUUACCAGAAAACUCAAGAUGCUUCAUUUUUCUGGCUCUUCCGAUACUUUUACUAUACUUGGCAGGAAGUUAGAAAUCUUAGGCUUGACAUUUUGACUUGUCUUACAGUCUGAUGACUUCCGUAAACUACGUUCCUGUCAUCAUCUUACUAGAACUGAGGCCCAAGUACAUGGCAACUCUGCUCAGUUAACUUACUAUUUUAAUUCUUACAUAAAGGCCAUUUGGUCAUAUACAUUCCUACAAGAUACAUUUUAAAGUAAGGAAUGUGGAGUUUAUAUUUCCUUUAGAGCUACAAUCUUAGCUUUUGCUUUGAGCGUGUGGCACCUAGACGUUGUGUCAUAGUUGAUGAAAGAAGCACAAGCUCCCGCGUGACCAAGUGACCUUCCUCUGUAGGUUAAUAAACACCCAUCCUCAGAGGGAGAGAGCUGACACAAGGGGUUUUCCCCUUGCAAAGGUUCUUGCAUUUUAAGUGUACAAAGUUUUCAUCCCUAGGCUGUAUUCCUACAGUUUAGUUGUUUUGUGCUAGUGUUAAGCUUCCUGUGUUUCCUCUGUCUGCCCUGUGCUGGAGUGGAUUAGUGUUUGUAUCUUUGUGCUAGUUCUGCCUGAUUGCAAUUGCUUGUUUCUUUUGAAAUUAUAGUUCCUGCCAAGAAAAAAAAAAAGAAAUUAUAGUUCCUAGCUCCAAACUUCUCAUUGACUAGUCUUUGUUAUAAGAAAAUCUGUGCACUGUUUAAUGAAGCAUAAAUAAAAAGGUUGUAUAAGG